AUGGGGAGCCAAAGAACAGAGCAGGGGCAGCUGUCCUUCGCCUCCCACUUUCCGAUCUUAGGAAAGGGCCCUGCUAACCGAGAUGUCUUCUGUCUCCAUCCAGAUCUCCAUAAGAAGGUCUUCAUUUUCCCGACAGCUACUAACAAGGCCUUCGUACGUCUGAACUCCACCCUUCAGCAUCCCUUGACCGACCUCACCGUCUGCCUGCGAUAUCACUCCCCGCUUUUCUCUUCCUUUCCCCUCUUCUCUUAUGCCACCCGCUCCAAGGACAACGAUUUCCUGAUUUUUAAGCCCGACGACAAGAAGUAUUCCGUUUACGUGGGCGGAGACAAGCUGGAUUUCACGGUCCCCGUGAGGACAAUUCCCGCUUGGGAGCACAUCUGUGUCUCCUGGAACACCUGGGAUGGGCUGGUCCAUUUUUGGCGCAAUGGGGAACUUCUCCCUCGCGUGGGAAUGAGGAAGGGGUACAGGAUCAGCCACGAGGCAUCCAUUAUUCUGGGGCAGGAGCAGGAUGAAUUCGGAGGGGGUUUCGACAUCCGCCAAUGCUUUAUGGGCGAAAUGACGGAGGUCAACAUGUGGUCCCGGGUGCUGACCACGGAUGAGAUCCAAUUGGUCAUGAGGGAGGAGCCGGUGCCUGGCAACCUGAUCAACUGGAGAUCUCUCCAUUACACCGCUCAGGAUUACAUGCUGGUUACAAACACCAGGCCUUAAGUUUUCUCCCAAAUGCGAGAUCUGCGUUUUUUGAAUGGGAGAAAAAAAAUAUAUGAGAGAAUAGGAAAGGCCUUUAAGGCAAAAAAAAUUAAAUGCUUAAUCUGUAGUUCUGCAAAUAAUUGAAGUAGAUCGUGAUUGAUAGGCAGAUGAUGCAAAAUCGUAAGUGGGUGUCCCAAAUACCCUGGCAAUAAAAUAAGCGGUUUAUUCAUGAUACGCUGAAUGUGUCUUUUUUUCUUUUUUAAUUAGCUCAAGAAAAUCUGGCUUGUUUGCUUGUGCUUGCCGAGGUGGCACAGUGGUUAGAGUGCAGCACUGCAGGCCACUUCAG